AUGCCAGGGACAAUCUUGCCCCCGAGAUCGCACCGGCAGCACGCCAAGAUGGAAACAUCUGCGUCUCGCCCGGACCUGUACCUGAUCACUGAUCAGGAUACGGUAUACGAACAAGAUUUGCUUCGCAACGCGGGUAGUGUCAAGCCAUGGCUGGCCUACAUCGAAUUCAAGCAGCAGCAUGGCACGCUGUACGAGCAAGCAUUCAUUAUGGAACGUGCCUGCAAACAACUACCACGGUCGUAUAAGUUGUGGAAGAUGUACCUCGAGUUCCGGACGAAGCAUCUGAAGGGCCGAAACCCCACUGUCUACCGGGCCGAGUUCCUGAAAGUCAACGCCCUAUUCGAACGGGCCCUCAUCCUCCUCAACAAGAUGCCUCGCAUCUGGGAGAUGUACCUCUCCUUCCUGAUGUUGCAACCUCUCGUGACCCAAACUCGGCGGACUUUCGAUCGCGCCCUCCGCGCACUGCCUGUCACUCAACACAACCGUAUCUGGCGUCUCUACAAGGGCUUCGCUCGGUCUGCAUCCGGACAAACCGCCGUGAAGAUCUGGGCUCGGUACAUGCAAAUUCAUCCCGAGAACGCGGAAGAGUAUAUCGGGCUACUUAUUGAGAUGGGCCAGUACACGGAAGCUGUGAAGAGAUUUAUGGAGGUCCUCGACAACCAGCGCUUCCAGUCCAAGGAGGGCAAAAGUCAAUUCCAGCUCUGGACCGAGAUGGUUGAUUUGCUCGUGUCCAAGGCCAAGCAGAUCGAGACCGGCCCUCAGGUUGGGAUUGAUGUUGAUGCGAUCCUUCGGAGCGGCAUUGACAGGUUUGCCGACCAGCGAGGAAAACUCUGGGCUGGAUUGGCCACUUAUUGGAUCACAAAGGGGAAUUUCGAAAAGGCGCGCGAUGUCUUUGAGGAGGGAAUCACUACUGUCAUGACAGUUCGUGACUUUACGCUCAUCUUCGACUCAUACGUUGAAUUUGAGGAAUCCGUCAUUGGCAGCUUAAUGGAAGCCGCCGCGCUGCGUUCGGAGAAGGGGAAGAUCGAUGAAGAAGCCGAUUUUGACCUCGAUCUUCGAAUGUUACGCUUUGAGCAAUUGAUGGAUCGGAGACCAUUUUUGGUGAAUGACGUUCUCCUACGACAGAACUCCCACAACGUCAUCGAAUGGGGCAAGAGAGUCGCGCUCUGGGGUGAUAACAAGCAAGAGGCCGUCCAAACAUACACAGCUGCCAUCGCGGCAAUCAACCCCAAGAAGGCACAUGGCAAGUUCUCAGAAUUGUGGGUGAAUUACGCCAAAUUGUACGAGAAUGGGGGAGACUUGGCCACUGCCCGGGUGAUCUUCGACAAAGCCGUCAAAGUUCCGUUCAAAUCGGUGGCCGAGCUCGCCGACACAUGGUGCGAAUGGGCCGAGAUGGAGCUGCGCGCUGAAAACUUCGACAAAGCAGUCAGCAUUAUGGCCAAGGCAACCCAAGCGCCGAAGAAGUCCACUGUGGAUUACUUCGAUGAGACACUCUCCCCACAGCAGCGAAUUCACAAGAGCUGGAAGCUGUGGAGUUUCUAUGUUGAUCUUGUGGAGAGCGUGUCGUCUCUGGAGGAGACUAGGAAGGUCUACGAGCGGAUCUUUGAGCUCCGUAUUGCGACCCCCCAGACAGUUGUCAACUAUUCCAACCUGCUGGAAGAGAAUCAGUACUUUGAGGACUCAUUCAAGGUAUAUGAGCGGGGACUGGACCUCUUCAACUACCCAGUUGCCUUUGAGCUGUGGAAUCUUUACUUGACCAAGGCGGUCGACCGCAAGAUCGGCAUUGAGCGACUCCGAGACUUGUUUGAGCAAGCUUUGGACGGGUGCCCGCCAAAGUUCGCCAAGCCGCUCUAUCUGAUGUACGGCAACCUGGAAGAAGAACGUGGACUCGCACGGCACGCGAUGCGCAUCUACGAACGUGCGACCCGGUCAGUAUCCGACGAGGACCGGUUCGAGAUGUUUGAAUUCUACAUCACUAAGUCUGCGUCGAAUUUCGGUCUCACCUCCGCGCGGCCAAUCUACGAGCGCGCGGUUGCCGCCUUGCCAGACCAAGAAGCGAAGGAGAUGUGCCUCAAAUUCGCUGAGAUGGAACGGCGGCUCGGUGAGAUCGACCGUGCACGUGCCAUCUACGGCCACGCCUCGCAGUUCUGCGACCCGCGGACGAAUGCCCCCUUCUGGCAGAAAUGGGAGGCGUUCGAAGUACAGCAUGGAAAUGAGGAUACCUUCAAGGAAAUGCUCCGCAUCAAGAGAAGUGUCCAGGCUCAGUACAAUACCGAUGUCAACUUUAUUGCAUCCCAGGCCAUCGCGAGAAGCCAGCAACGGCCCCAGGAGGGCGAAGAUGGUGCACCCGCCGAGGGACAAGAUGAGGACAAAGACCGUGCGGAUGCCAUGGCGGCGCUGGAGCGGCAAGCUAGGGCCCCGGUUGGUUUCGUCGCCGCCAGCUCUGGUCCCGAGGGCGGUGACCGCCCCAAACCUGCCGGUGAAGCUGCUCCAGCUGCUCCAGCCAACCCGGAUGCCAUCGACCUCGACGACGAAAUGGAUGCCGAGUAG